UGUAGUCAUGUUAUCAUCUAUUCUAAAUUUCUAAUGUCUUUGUCCUGUCCUUCCUUUUCCUUGCAAAGUAGAAAACGAAAGCAUCUCCCUCUCUCCUAAGCAAGCAAUUGCCCUUAACCCUCAAAAUCUUCCUCUUUCUCUCACAGCCAUUGAUUCUCCAUGGACGAAUCGGAGCAAUACCCGAAGGAGUAUUACCCUAACGAUCAAACAAUCACCAGAAGAGUCUCCUCGUCCUCUUCGACGACCAGCGUCCACGUGACAGCCCUAGACGGCCUGGUGAACGUCAACUCCCUCUUCACAAUCGCAGUGUUCGUGGGCCUCUCCCUGACCACCCCGGGCCAGCGCAGCCUCGAGAACCGCUCCUCCUGCGACGCCGGUGUCGACGUGGCCAAGAAGCUUCUCGUCUUUGAAGUCGUCUCCUUCAGCUUCUUCCUUUUCUCGUCGCUGGUGGCCCAGGGGCUGAAGCUGGCGCUGAACCUGCUCAACAGCAAGGACGCCGACGAGGCCUUCCGGGCCCACAUCAACCUGAAAGCCCUAAGGCUCGGCAUGCUGGGCUCCGCCAUUGGCUCCGUCAUGGGCUGCCUCUUCCUCGUCCUGUCCAUGGUUAAUGUCAUCGAGAUCCGAUUGGGAAUGCUGUCGUGCGGGAGCAAGGCCGCCGCGCACGCUGUGGCCACCAUGGUCGUUUUGGUCUCCUCCGCUCUCGUGCUUUAUAUUUCCACUGCUAUCUAUGCUUUUACUCGCUGAAACUUAACAAACAAACAAAACAGAUAAAUUCGUUAUUUGUAUUUUAUGUGAAGCUUUGUUAUGGUUUUGGGUUUUAUGUUUGAUUUGUUCUCGAAUGGCCGUUGGAGCGACCAGGUGGAGACUAGAGAGGCGCAAUUUAGCUGUUGCUCUCUUGUUUGGUUUCUUUUAUUGAUAGAAAAAUAAAAAUGAGUUAUUUGCGGAAAAUUCA